AACUUUACGGAUACCAGUAUACACUUGUACUUACCGAAGUUCAAACUGAAGGAAGGCAGUGCUAUAAGCCUUGUAGACUAUCUACAGAAAAUGGGAAUGAGAGAGGCUUUUGUCCAGGAUCAGCUAACUUUACAAACAUGUCUGAAUCAAGUAAUUUUUGUAUAGGAGAUAUACUUCAUAAGGCUAUUCUUGAAGUGGAUGAGCGAGGUGCAGUGGCAGCUGCAGCCACUUCUGUAGAAUUUAUUAAUCUUUCUUUAUGUGAAUCUGAAGAACCUGAAGUGGAAUUCCGUGUUGAUCAUCCAUUCUUUAUUUCAAUUAUAUGGAACAAUACUGUGCCAGUAUUUCUUGGACAUGUAGUAGCUCCAACGGAGUAGUAGCCUAAGUAGUAUAUUCAAUAAUUAAAAAUAUUUUACUGAUCAAAUCAGUGUUUAAAUACUUUCUUAAUUUUAUCUAAUCAUUUAUUCGGGAUCUUUAUACUUUUAAUAUUAAACAGUUCUAAUGAGCAGUUGCUUAUAAUUUCAUGGACAUGAUAUGUUUUUUUUCAAUGACCCCUUUGAUUGUUGUCACUUAGAUGUCGUUGAUCAAGGUAACUACAAAUGUUUUGUUAUUUCGUCAUACAGAAUUUAUUAAAUUUCAUUUUCAUU